AUGACAGAUAACAAGCCUGUUCAUACUAUGCAUAUGAUCGAAGAUCCUAAUCUUACUAAUUCAUCUUCCACACAUGUGAAAAUAAAUCGAACACGUAAAAUUCUUCUUGUUCUGCUUAGUAUUUUAUUUGCUUUCAAUUUACUUUACUUAAUUUUUAUCGUUCAUGCUUAUAUCGAUAAUUCAUGGUUUAGUCAUUAUUUUAAAAAUAACUAUGAAUUAUUAUGGACUUUAGCAUGCAUUGUUUAUAAUGCUUUUGGAUUAUUAACAACUUAUCAAUAUUUUCGAAAAGGUUUACGUGUGUUUGCAUGGAUUGGAACAAUAUCUUUAAUUUCAUCAAUUAUGAUGAUCGGAAUUAUUUGUAUUAUUGCUUUUUAUACAAAAGAACAAGUGAAGACUCGUGAUGAUAAUGAUGAUAUAAUUGGUCCUCUCAUUUUUAUUCUUAUAUUUAUUCUAACUUCAAUUAUGCUAUUUAUUAUUGUAUUAUUAUCUUUUAAAUUAUCGAAUUUACUUUACAAGAAUCGAAAUACAAUGAUUCGAACAUUAUAA